AUGUCUUUUAUUGAAUCUGUUGGAGGGACAUUCAUUGUCUGGUUACGCAGUGACGUCAUUCCCUACAUUCUCUUCGGAACAUGUGGUGUUGUCAUCAUUGUAAGUUGUUUGCUCAAUAUUUUCCUGAUUUUCAUGUUGAAGCGCCGGAAAUUAAUUCUCCUUCCCACCAAUAGAUACCUGUUACAGUUAAUUAUUGUGGACUUUUUGGCGUGUGGUUUUGUCCUCAUUCCAUCUUGUGUGACAGCUCUCGCCAAAAGCUGGAUAAUGUCCGAGCCCGUAUGUUACGCCCAUGCUGUAAUGUCGACAUGGCUGAUGCUCGUGUCCUUUGGACUGGUGUGUUUUUGUUUGAUAGAACGAACAGUUAAACAGAAGAAUCCAAAACUUCACCACGCAGUGUUUGACUCCAACGUGGGUGUCAGCAUAACGUCAGUUUUGAUUUGGGCUGUAGACCUUGGAGUUGCCAUUUUACCAGUGUUUGGAAUAUCUAAAAUAGCAUACGAUGAUUACCAAGCAUCAUGUGUCGUCUUUCAUUCAUCAAGUCUGAUCUACGUCACAACUGUUUUCUCUAUGACCUUCGUCUUGUCUUUGUUAAUAUUUCUUGUUACUUGUUGUCUUAUUUUCAACCAUCAUCGCAAUGAAUUGAAAAAGAAGAAAAGCGAUAUGAUUGAGCUUCUGAAACCCGACCGAGAGCAAAACAACACCGUGACGUCACCACCGAUUACUAACAGAAGCGAGAAUAGCACAGUAUCAGCAACAGGUAUCGUAGCGGCAAUGGAAGACACCCCAAGAGAUGUCAGUGCUAGGCGAGACACUCUGGCAGAAAUGACAAUGUCAGACCAGGAAACCGCUAACAACCGCAGUCGUUACUGGAGGAAGCUGCAGCAGUCCAAACGUCGUCAGAGUCGUCUACAGUCCGUAGUGAGUGCUGUUCAGAACUACGACCUGUUCUCGGAUGAUCACCAAGACGAAGAUCACCACUUGGCUGUGACAUACAUGAUGGUUUAUUGCUUCCUGACCAUCUGCUGGCUUCCUUUCCUUAUUUUGGCCCUUGUUAACGGAUUUGAUGGUUCAAUUUGGCGCGGCUGGUAUUCUCUGACUAUGAUUUUUGCCGUACUAAGUUUUAUUGCUAAACCAAUCAUAUACAUGGCUCACAACAGACAUUUUCGGCAAAAUUCAAAGAUGGCGUUACCUGAAUCAGUGACUAACAAAGUUGCGAGAAUUCGAAAUUCAAUUUCCACUGCAGUAGAUAAACUUGAUAAAGCUGUCUUUGUGUCCCCUAAAGCAGAUAAAAAUAUCGCAACAGCAAUUGCGACCAACAAAGCGGCAAAAACUUGGAUUAAGAAGGCACGAAAACCUGAUAACACACCGAUCAUACAAGAAGAAUGUGAUGAUAACAAUGUAGUUACGUCUGAAUCUGAUAGAAGAUCUGAGGAAACAAGGGAAGCUGAAGGGAAGGACUUCCAUCCAAAUAGUGCCGACAUGUCUGAAGUUCCUAUAAUUAACCUUCCCCCCUUGAGCCAUAAAUAA